ACGUCGAUACUGUGUUGAAGACGAGCAGCUGCUGAACCCAGCUAUCAAAACCGUAUUCUCCGUAGUGUAAAUGUAACCGACUGAGUAGGCAUAGUUAUAUAGCUCCUGUCACCCAAUGGCAGGCCUUCAAUGUGUUAAAGUGAGGAUUUAUUGCACAGUUCCUGGAAAAGUCGUCCACUAUUACUUGGCUGGGCAAGGCUGGGCCUAGCUAGUUAACUUUAGCGCGCUCAAAGUGGUCAUAUUUAGCCAGCUAAACUCACUUUAAAAGUGCACAUAAUUAAUAUAAUUGAUUCUUAAUGUCAACAUGAAAAAUAAUGACAUGUCAUAUAGGCCGAUAAUACUAAUGCACACCAGACCAACGAAAGGCAUGGUUUAGGCAUAGCCUGGCAUUCUCCAGACCAAGGAUAGGCAAACUCCAGUCCUCGGGACGUGUUUUCAAAACAUUUUGGGGGAUCAGAAUGAUCCGGAUUCUGUAAUCCUCAUUUUUGCUAUCCCGGACCAAAUCGAUCUGUCUGUUUUUGAACCGAUUUUCCAGAAAAUAAUUGGAUAGGAUCGUUCUGAUCCGGAUACCACAAUAUCAAGGUCACAGAAUCCAGAUGUUCAGUGCUUUGAACAGGCCUACACCUCGCCAUCUACUGGACAGAUGGAUACAAUAUACAACCUUCUCCAGCAGCACAGACUGGACACCUACCACCACAAAUUCUUCACUUUGGGUGUCCAAGACGAGAGAGAUUUCACCGAUGGCGUAAAUGGUGAAGAUUUAGACAAAAUGGGUUUCAGUCAAGUAGAGAAGAAUCGAUUUGAAAAAAUGAAAAAUUUCAUUCAAAGACUCAGAGCGCCACAGCAAGCGAUGCCUGUACAAAAACCAAUGGAGUCUUUCCAACUGUGGUACACAUACCCCCACUGUCCUGAGCUAAAAGAGAUCAGAGACAUGGAUCCUGCUACCAACACCGUUGAAGACAUGAUGCUAAGGAUCUGUCACCAAGAGGGCAUUGAGAACUCUAAAGCUGUGUGCCUCUCUCUACACAGUUGAUGGAAUGCCUCUAACUGAUGAUCCUUUCUUCAACACAUGGUCUUUGAAAGACAGGCACAUUGAAAUUGGAAGUGAGCUCUAUGCCAUGUUUACACCCAAGGAGAACUUGAGACCAGCCCUGCUAGUGACACUGCAAGAAAUGACUGACAUGACAGGAGAGGAUAAUGUUCGAUGCCACAUCAUGCUCAAGGGAGACUUUGAGGUCAAGGUGGACUUGGCAAGUGACACAUUACGAGAUCUGAGACAGAAGCUCUCUGAUGAAAGUGGAAUCCCAGCACAUGUCCUCAAUUAUAAAUGUGAACGCGGUGGAGUUGGACAGAAUUUGUUAGAUUGUGGAAUCAAUGAGGAGUCAACUGUGGUCUUUUCUCUGUCCUCCUUCCCUGAUGAGCAUCCAGACACUAUGGAAUUCUACUUCAAUGAUGUCGUACCCUCAGUGCAACAAUCCCAGAAAGGACUCAGUGCUUUCUUUUCUUCACUUUAUGCCAUUAACAAUAGAGAACACCGUUCUGGAGAUAUAUUAAGCAAAGUGAUUGCAUACAUUCGAAAGCUCAGUGGGUGCAAUCCUUUGGCCCAAAGUCUGCAUCAGCUGUUGUAUAGAAAUGAGGUUGGAACAAGGACCCAGAAGGUUGCUAUCGUUGAAGGAUUGUACAAUCUCUUCAGAGAGCUGUUGCCAAGCCUCCACAAAAGAAGAGGUGACAAAAUCAUUGAAGACUCAGAUGUUUUUGAGAAUGCACCAGUAUGCUGGGCCUACCUGUUAUCUGAAGCAAAGAAAGGGAGUUCACAACAUGAGGUCUAUGUACCGAUAGUCUUGUACUCUCAACCUGGAGAACGUUUCUGCGACCCAGUUCGAGUACCUGGGUUACCAGAUGUCUUUGAGAGAGAGUAUGUUCUGCAGAAAAUCAAAGAUGGAGAGAAAAUCCCAAACUGCUCUGUGGAGAUCCUGACAGAGACUUCAAUGUCUAGAGCCUCUGAUGUUGAAAGGAUUUUGCUCAGUCUGCCUCCAUUCAUCAAAACAUUCCCUAAGUGGGCUUCACCUGGACUUGUGACUGGCCAAAAUUUUCAGAUUGUUCUCGAUGACACAUUUGCCAAGAUGAACGAAGAAGUGAAAGAAUACGUUAAUCUGACAGUGACUCCAGCAUUACAGUUGAAGGAUGUUGGAGUAGAUGGGCCACGUCUCGUCUUCUUGGAAGAAAAUAACCUUGGUGUUUACAUCUGUAAACAAAAAGGAUCUCCUCAGGAUAUCGACGUUUUUGAUUGUUUAGCUAUGAAAUUCAAAACGUUGAACGUGGACGAGUUGGCAAAUGUAAUGAGAGACAUCAGAAGUGACCUGACCUUCAUGACCAGCAGGACUCCUAAAGAGGCCAUACUGGUGCUAGUGGAUUCAAGCUCCUCCAUGAAUGAGACAUGCUAUGAUUCCCAUGACAACAUGACACGGUUGGAUGCUGUUAAACAGCUCUUUGAUAACUUCGCAACUAGAAGCAUGGCGUACAAUUUUCAUCAUGUCAUUGGCUUGGUGAAGUUUGACUCAUCAGUUAAAACUCUCCACACAUUUACAGAGACUCUGGAGACCUUCAAGGAACACGUACACAGUCUGGAGGCCAAUGGAUGCACUGUGCUGUAUGAUGCCUUGAAACGUGGCAUGUCUCAACUGAAACAAGUUGGAGAGCAAUUUCCAGACUGCAGACUUCGCAUCAUAUGUCUCACAGAUGGGAAGGAUGAUGGAUCAAUGACCGAACCAGAUGCUGUCACAACCAAACAGAUGAGCCUGAACAUUGUUGUUGAUGCCAUCGUUGUUGGAAAGGUGGACAACAACGUGCUGCGUGGAAUCAGCAAUGCAACAGGAGGGUGUUGUUUCAAAUCAGAGACGAGUAAAGCUGGUAUGAAGCUUUUUGAAAUGGAAACUGUUCUGUCUUUGGAGAUGAGGAAGCUGAAGAAGAAACUGGACCCAUCCUACAUUAGGAGCGAGAGCAUUCUAGUUGCUCUCUUCGCCAACCGGGGUUAUGACGAGAAGCCAGAGGUUGCUCUGCCAAGUGGACUAAACGAUAAAGUGACUGGGACAGAGAAUGCAUUAAAAAAGAAGAUCCAGGAAUCCAAGAGCGGACGCUUUUUGGAGAAGGACAAACGCCUUCUGGAAGAGCUGAAGAGCCUGCACUGUGACCCACACCCAUUCUGCACUGUUCUGCCUUCAGAGUCAGACUUUACGUUUUGGAAGAUUCUCAUGCAAGGCCCUCCUGAUACACCUUAUGAGGAUGGAGUCUUUGAGCUGUACUGUCAGUUUGGAGCUGACUACCCCGUCAAACCUCCACUUGUGCGCUUUGUCACACCUGUGUACCACUGCAACAUAAACAGUGUGGGUCGUAUCUGCCACAACAUAUUUGACCGCAGCUACAACGCUCACAUAACCAUGAGAGAGAUCUUGGAUGCUGUAUAUGGAGUGCUCAUUGUCCCUGAACCCCAAGAUCCACUGGACAGUAUUUUGGCAGAGGAAUACCUGACCAGCAGAAACAAGUAUGAAGAAGAGGCCAAGAAGAACACAGAGGAAGUUGCAGGCCAAUCAUUGGAUGACAUGGAGAAGGAAUUGUUGGGUGAAGAGUUGCCUGAGAAGUUCAUACCCUCACACUUGAUUUGUCCACUAACCAACAAGAUGUUUGUUGACCCAGUGAAGAACCAGGAGGGAACAGUGUACGAGCGAAAGGCCAUUGAGAAACAUCUGAAGAGGUAAGCUGGUUAUUAUUCAUAUUGAUAUGUCGUUAUUUAUGAUUCAUAAUUAUUAACGUGUUGCUUUUAUAAAGAAAUCCAAAAAUAUUAAGCUGAUGUCGUUAUGUGUGGUUUUUCAUCGGCUGCUUCUGAGUUUGUUUAAACACAAGCCACAUUUGUGUAAUUCUUAAUUCUUUCCUUACUUAGAUUUAUGUGUAUUUGAGUGUUUCUUGUGAAACUGUUAGAUAUUACUGCACUGUCGGAGCUAGAAGCACAAGCAUUUUGCUACACCCGCAAUAACAUCUGCUCAACACGUGUAUGUCACCAAUAACAUUUGAUUUGAUUUGUAUUAAUUGUGGGCCCAAAUAUUAGUAAAUCAUUUUUUGUAAUGUUUUUUAUGUGGCAACUAUAUAAGUUCAUGGCCAAUUAUCUGAGUUAUCUGUUAACACGUGGGACAAUCAAUCACUCCUUGUUGUGGAGAAGUGUAAAAAACUAUAAUGCAACUGAAGAGAUCGUUAAAGAAAUGACAAGUUCUUAUCUUUGGUGUCUUAAUGAAGGAUAGGCCUAUAUACAUGUUAUCACGGUCAGGUUUAAGUACAUGUGUUUCUAACAGCAAGUGUUGCGAGGAACAUGUCAAAAGCGCUGAGGGAACAUAGGGCAGACCCCGUGUUGCGGCCCAUGUACACGUU